GCUGGCACUCCGGGCUGCAGUCUGGGACAGCCAUGGCUCAGGCGUUGGCGAUCCUGCGGCCGAAAACGCAGCUGGAGUGGGAGCUGACCUGCCCAGUGUGCCGGGACAUCUUCAGCGACCCCCACCUGCUGCCCUGCGGACACGCCUUCUGCCACGACUGUCUCCUGGGCAUGCUCAGACACCCCACUGAGAUGGGCUUCCGCUGCCCACACUGCAGGGCCUGCUUCGGGCCUCUGAUUCGGGUCCAGAAGAACGUCACCCUGGCCAACAUCGCUGAGGACUUUAAGAGGACCCAGCGAGCCAAGAUGGAGGCCGUCCAGUGCGACUUCUGCCCCCCGGGCGAGCAGGCGGCCACGGCGAAGACCUGCCUGAAGUGUGAGGUGUCCAUGUGUGCGGAGCACGUCAAGCCCCACCUGGAGCUUCCCGCCUUCAGGGAGCACCCCCUCACGGAGCCGCUGGGGGACGUGAAGGAGAGGAAGUGUCCCGAGCACGACAGGAUGUACCGGUACUACUGCCCCGAAGCGAAGGCGUACAUGUGCAGCGCCUGUACGCAGGAGAGGAAGCACAUGGAGUGCCUGGAGGAAGCCAGCAACACCCUGGCAAAAGAAAUAACAGAGAACAUGAAGCGGCACUUUAGGACUCUGACAGAGAAACUGGAGAUCUGUGAAGGCACCGGGAGAAGGCUGAAGCAGGACCUCCAAUCACUUAAAUCAGAAAUCAGAAAGCAGACAUCACCUCAGCAAGGCCUCACCCUGAGCAUAACCACACUGCUAUUACCACUGCUGUUGGGCGUCUUUCUCUUCUAUGUUUACAGCAGUUUCUCCAACACCCUGCAGAGACAGCACAUCCUGGUCUCCAAUAUCUACUCCACCAUAUCAGGUAGAGACGUGCUGACACUGGACAUAGACUCCGCCAGCCCUCUCCUCAGGGUGUCAGGUGACCUGCUGACGGCGGAGCGUGUGCAGAAGAGGCUGUCAGUGCCCGCCCACCCCGCUCGCUUUGACGGCACGCCGCAGGUGCUGACCUCCCAGUGCUUCACCUCGGGGAGGCACCGCUGGGAGCUGGAGGCGGUGGGAUACUGGGACAUCGCCGUGUCGUACCCCGGCGUUGGCCGCAAGGGGAAGGAGGGCACCGCCUUCGGCUUCAACAAGGAGUCCUGGAGCCUGACGCACAACGACCGCGACGAGCUGCUCGCCUUCCACAACAAGGUGAAGAGGGAGAUCUCCCGUCCGCUGUCUCACAACAGGGUGACCGUGACCGUGGACAUCCCAGGUGGCAACGUCACCUUCUGGGAGGCGGGGUCCGCGCUGGUGCACCUGUACACCUUCAGCACCACCUUCACCCAGCCCGUGUGCCUGGGGUUGGGCCUGUACCGCUCCGACCCCCCCAGCAGGGUCACCAUCCUCAGGUCCUGAGCGCAGGGGCUGGACCACAGCAAUGACCAUGACCACAGCACCGUCUUUACCAUGACCGUGACUGCAGCCUCAACUGUGACCGCAGCAACAACCAUGACCACAGCGCUGUCUUUACCAUGACCGUGACCACAGCCUUGACUCUGACCACAGCAACGACUGUGAAAAUAACCAUGACCACAGCGCUGU